AUGCCAUCGACACACAACAAAGAAAAGCCCUGGGACACUGAGGAUAUAAAUAAAUGGAAGAUUGACGAGUUUAAGCCUGAGCAUAAUGUCGCCGGGACUUUUGCUGAAGAGUCAUCUUUUGUUAGCCUAUUUCCAAAAUAUCGAGAGGUAUAUUUGAAGGAGACGUGGCCUAUGGUCACUAGGUCUCUGGAGAAACAUGGGAUUGCCUGUACGCUAGAUUUGGUGGAGGGCAGCAUGACCGUGAAAACUACGCGAAAAACAUUUGACCCCGCUGCUAUUCUCAAGGCGCGAGAUUUGAUCAAACUACUGGCGAGAAGUGUUCCCGCUCCGCAAGCUUUGAAAAUACUAGAAGACGAUGUAGCUUGCGAUAUCAUCAAAAUCAGAAACCUCGUCCGCAACAAGGAGCGAUUUGUGAAGCGGCGCCAACGUAUCUUGGGGCCUUCCGGUUCUACUCUGAAGGCGCUAGAGCUGCUCACAAGUACCUAUCUUCUAGUCCAAGGCAACACGGUCGCCGCAAUGGGCCCCUAUAAAGGUCUGAAGGAAAUUCGUCGUAUAGUCGAGGACUGCAUGAAUAAUAUCCACCCAAUCUACCAUAUCAAAGAAUUAAUGAUAAAACGCGAACUUGCGAAGGAUCCCCAAUUAGUAAAUGAAAGUUGGGAUAGAUUCCUUCCACAGUUUAAGAAACGAACAUUAAGCAAGAGGAAGCGACCGUUAAAGAUCACUGAUAAAUCUAAGAAGGUGUACACUCCGUUCCCACCGCCACAGCAGAAGAGCAAGAUCGAUUUACAGAUUGAGAGUGGUGAAUAUUUCUUAAACAAGGCAGCGAAAGAGAGAGCAAAGAAAGAAGAAGUCAUGGAACGGCAGCGAGAGAAGAGGGCGGAGAAGGUAAAGGAGAUGGAAAAGGAUUUUGUUCCGCCGAAAGAAGAUGCUAGUGAAAAGAAGAAAAAGAAACGAAAACGCCAGGAAGAUGAAACGACAGAGAAAAUACCAAGUGGAGAGAAGAAGUUGAAGAAAAAGCGGAAAGCGAAAGAAGACUCGAAUCACGAAUGA